GGGAGAGCCGGGCCCGCCCCCCGGUGGGCGCCUCCCAGAUCCGCUCGGGUCCGCAGGAGAAGCGACCCCCGCCCCGAGCCGCCCAUGGCCGCCGCGGCGUGCGGCAGCAAGGCCAUGUCCCUCUUCAAGCGGACCCUGGUGCUGAGCCCCGCCGCGGCGCCCCGGGGCUCGGGCCCGGGCGCCCCGCGCGGCUGCGCCCCGCCCGCCGCCGCCUGGCCCUGCAAGGACUGGCCGCGGGGCCCCUCGGCCGGCCGCCGGCCCCACUGCUGCCGCGGCCCGCCCGCCACCGCCGUGUGUCUGCCCUGCCCGCAGGACUCGCUCAGCAGCGGCCUGAAGACCUGCUUCAAGUAUCUGAACGAGACCAGCCGCAGUUUCGCGGCCGUGAUCGAGGCGCUGGAGGGGGAAAUUCGCCAUGCAGUCUGCAUAUUUUAUCUGGUCCUCCGAGCUCUGGACACUCUGGAAGAUGACAUGACCAUCAGCACAGAUGAAAAGGUCCAGCUGCUACACAACUUUCACUCCUACCUUUAUGAGCCCGACUGGCGGUUCCUGGAGAGCAAGGAGAAGGACCGGCAGGUGCUGGAGGACUUCCCCACGAUCUCCCUCGAGUUUAGAAAUCUGGCCGAGAAAUAUCAAACAGUGAUUGUCGACGUCUGCCAGAAGAUGGGAUUUGGGAUGGCGGAAUUUUUGGUUAAGCAAGUGACGUCUGAGCAAGAAUGGGACAAGUACUGUCAUUAUGUUGCUGGGCUGGUAGGAAUCGGCCUUUCCCGUCUGUUCUCGGCUUCAGAGUUAGAAGACGCUUUGGUUGGGGAAGACACCAAGCAUGCCAACUCCAUGGGCCUGUUUCUGCAGAAAACAAACAUCAUUCGUGAUUAUCUGGAAGACCAGCAAGGAGGAAGAGAGUUUUGGCCUCAAGAGGUUUGGAGCAAGUAUGUUAAGAAGUUGGGUGAUUUUGCUAAGCCAGAGAAUGUUGACAUGGCCGUGCAGUGUCUGAACGAACUUAUAACCAAUGCACUACAGCACAUCCCGGAUGUCAUCACCUACCUUUCAAGACUUAGAAACCAAAGUGUGUUUAACUUCUGUGCUAUUCCACAGGUGAUGGCCAUUGCUACUCUGGCUGCCUGCUACAAUAACCAGCAGGUAUUCAAGGGGGUGGUGAAGAUUCGGAAAGGGCAGGCAGUGACCCUCAUGAUGGACGCCACCAAUAUGCCGGCUGUCAAAGCUAUAAUAUGCCAGUAUAUGGAAGAGAUUUAUCAUAGAAUUCCCAGCUCAGACCCAUGUUCUAAUAAAACAAGGCAGAUCAUCUCUAGGAUCAGGACACAGAGUCUUCCCAGCUGCCAGCUGAUCUCCCGAAGCCACUACUCCCCCGUCUACCUGUCGUUUGUCAUGCUCUUGGCCGCCCUGAGCUGGCAGUGUCUGAGCUCCCUGUCCCAGGUGACGGAAGACUAUGUCCAGGCUGGAGACCACUGAUGUGCGGUCACCGGGAGAUGGACCGACCUCUUCUUCAAGGAUGGAUAUCGGCUUCUCCUUCUUUUCCUCCUGAUUUAACCCCUGAAACACUCUGGACUCGGCCCUUUAGAAACUGUGCAGUUGAGAAGAAGGUGAGAGUAAGGGGAGGGACGUCUCCCCCCUCAGCCACCUGGUCCUUGCGGGUGGUGCUCACCUCCGCCCACGGCGGGGCCGGAGCACCCGUGGCUGCUGUCGGGGAAGUCACCUGUGGGUUUGCUGAGAUUUCCUGUUUCACGUGAAUACUGCCUAGAAAUAUAAUUAAAUGUAUUUGAUUUGAA